AUGCAAUAAGGUUGUCAAUAAAUAACAAAAGAAUAUGUUGUUCGUCAAUGAACUUGGUGUUGAAACAAAUAAACUAUCACUUUUAUGUUUACGAUAGCAAGAAAAUAUUGAUUUACAUAAGGCAUCUCAGGAAUGGUUGUUAAUAAGAAACCAAACAUAAACAUCAAACCACACUUUGAUGGUCUGUAUUAGGUAUAUUUAUAAUAGUCAAGUGGUCUGACAAUGAAUGUGCUAGUGAUUCACAGCGAAUAACGCAAUUCUUGAUGAGCAAGAAAUCGAACUUCAGACAAAACCGCAAGAAACGCAAAUUCGACAAGAUUCGAUCAUUCUCAAAAAUCAUCAAGUGAAAAACAAAUCGACAAACGCCGAAAUUGUUUGUUGAGCGAGCAUGGCCCACGUGCCCAUAAGCAAAAGAAAGAAAUCCCAUGAGCACGACAUCCACAAGUUCCAAGGGAAAGAGUCGAUUCUGACGUCACAGAUAAAUUUGUACGUCGAAGAAACCAAACCGAAGAUUCCUGAUGGAGGUUGGGGAUGGAUGGUGUUAUUCGCAGCUUUCAUGUUGAAUACCAUCUCCGAAGGUGUCAGUUUUUCCUUCGGACUGUUAUUGAUCGAGUUUUUGAAGGAGUUUGGGGCGUCCAAGUCGGCUACAUCAUGGAUUGGAGGUUUAUUUCUAGCGAUACCUUUACUCGCAGGUCCAAUCGGCAGCGCCAUGGUGGACCGCUACGGUUGCGUCAGCAUGACGAUCCUAGGCGGCCUAGUCUGCGCCACGGGCUUCGUGCUGAGCGUGUUCGCCGAUUCGCUGGCCGUGCUCUACGUCACGUUCGGCGUGGUGGGGGGCAUCGGUCGCGGUCUGACCUUCGUCACGGCCGUCGUGUCGCUGGCCUUCUGGUUCGAGAGGCGACGCACGGUGGCGGUGGGACUGGCGGCCAGUGGCGCGGGGUUCGGCACGAUCGUGUUCGCGCCGCUGACCACGAGGUUGUUGGAGGGGUACGGGUGGCGGGGCACGAUGCUCGUGUUGGCCGGGGGGUUCUUGAAUAUGUGCGUGUGCGGGGCUGUGAUGAGGGAUCCCGCUUGGAUCGUUCGAGAGACCCAAGAGAAAAAAUCACUGAAAUCAAAUAAAGAUGACAAGGAAGUGAACAGUACUAACUCCAAGCUGAAUGAGAUAAAACUGGCAUUCGGCAAUGGAGAAGACGUACAAGUGCUUCUUCAACGAGUUGAUACCAAGCCGGACCUGACAGAAAAAAAUAGAUUCAGAUCUGUUGUCGACCUACCUACUUUUCUGAAGAAAAAUGAAACGGUUCCAGUAGAAGUCCUCAAACAGCUCAGUGAAAACAAAGAAUUAUACCAAAUAGUAAUGGAAAACUAUCCACAUCUUUUAAGUAAAUGUACUUCCAAUCAAGACCUCCAUGUCACAGACAUGAGCCAUGCAAGAAUACCAAUGAAAUUGUCACUUAAAGUGAAGAAAGCUGAUAACGUUAUAUCAGAAGAAGAUGAAAGUACUGAAAUUAAUCACCAUAGCAGUCCUCUACUUCCUCACGAUCAAAUUCAUCACAGUAAAGCCAACAUACCAUCUCAUAGCUACCUGAGCCAUCUCAAGCUGAAUAGGCCUUCCAUAGAUGCUAAAAGUGUGCCAUGGAAACCUCAAAUAUUCAACAUGAGCAUCUCCAGUCCAGAUGUUUAUAAGAGUACAGUGAAGACGAUACCUCAAAAUGCUAGUGAAAAGAAAUGGUAUUCGGAAUUUUAUCAAACUGUGAAAAGCCUAGUGGACUUCUCGCUAUUCUUGGAGUUGCAUUUUCUUCUUCUGGCCAUAUCGACGGUUAUACUGUUCGUUUGGUUCAUUGUGCCAUAUUUUUACCUAGCCGAACACAUGGUACGGAUAGGGUACAGCGAAAAUCAAGCAGCCUACUCUUUAUCUGCUAUUGGCUUCACCAACACAGCCGGAAUGAUAAUUCUCGGAUGGGUUGGUGUACGGCUGAACAUAGCUAAGACGUACGCUGUGUGCCUACUCUUGUGCGGUGUCAGCAUCGCUUUCAUGAUGUUCCUCACCGAUUCCUACACGAUGCUGAUGAUAAACAGCGCCCUGUUCGGGCUGUUCUUCUCGAGCUGUUUCUCGCUGUUGCCGUCUCUGUUGGCAGAAUUGGUGCCGCUGGAGGAUUUCACCAAUUCCUACGGGCUGAUUUUGAUGUGCAUGGGCGUUGGAAAUCUGACUGGACCUCCGCUAGCAGGUUUCUUAUUCGAUUGGACUGGUUCUUGGGAACAGUCCUUUUAUCAAGCUGCCGUUUGGAUUAUCGUUUGCGGAGUUCUGGUUGGUAUCAUUCCAUUCACGAAAAACAGAAGAAUAAUAGGUUCAGGGCCUACGUUGUUAGAGAGAGACAAUGACGCAGUAAUGAAUUAUUCGUGAUAUAUGAUGUAAUAGUUGUAUUACAAACAUUUUUAU